GCACGGGGACAUAGUGUCUUGUGGUGUGUGGUGUGGUGCGACAAUGCGAGUUUGUGGGUGUUAAACUGUCGGUAUGGUGUUGGAAGGUGGUCUGCCCGCGCCGCUUCAAUUAUACGCGGCAGCGGCUGCAGGAUUAGCCCCAAGGCCUACUUGGCCCCCGUUCUUACCGUUUUUUGGAGUUCCACCACCGUUUUUGACGAGGCCUCGACUACCACAUCCCUUACCGAAUCGAGCACCUCAUGGACCUCCUAGUGAAGACUCUAAUGAAGAUGGAGGAAGUAGUAAGGGUGGAGUCGGCGACGAUGAUGGUGACAGUGGCAAAAGAAGAAGAUCCCGAACGAACUUCAACUCCUGGCAGCUGGAGGAGCUUGAGAGAGCUUUCCUUGCGUCGCAUUAUCCAGACGUCUUCAUGAGAGAGGCGUUGGCUAUGAGGCUGGAUCUCAAAGAGAGUAGAGUGGCGGUCUGGUUUCAAAAUCGUCGAGCAAAAUGGCGGAAAAAAGAGCACACGAAAAAAGGCCCAGGUCGACCAGCUCAUAACGCACACCCACAGUCUUGUUCUGGAGAACCAAUCCCUCCUCACGAAUUAAGGGCCAGAGAGAGGGCGAGAAGAAGAAAGAAGCUGGCAAAAGCACUUGAAAGGCAAGCAAGAAAGCUGCGGGCAAAAGGCAUAGCCGUGGACCUGGAAGCCCUAAAAGCUGAGUACUUAGCCCAACAUAGAAAUACAGGCCUGUAUUCCGACUCCGAUGGUGAAAUCGAUGGAGAAGAGUGUAUGAUCGACGUUGUAGGGGGUGAUUCUUGUCAUGACUCAGGUCCCGAAGACUUUUCUCUAGCUGGGAGACUGCGCGCACCAUCCGGCGGGGAUGGAAUCAACAAUUCUGACAGUUCAACAUCAGAUGCCCAUUCUGGAAGGAACUUCAGCCCAUUACCUGACCCUCAACAGUCGUUCUUCAAACAUUUCGGCGCCGCGGCUAACUUCGACAAGUUUGAUUUUGAUUCCGGCCGAGCGGUGUCCUUAGACCUUAGUGGGACGUCGUCAGAGCAGGGUCUGUCGAAGAAUGGGGGCGUACGAAAACACAAUCCGUUCAGUAUAGAAUCAUUGCUUAAUACGUGACUUUAAUGUAGGUAAGGGUUCAUACUGGAGUUGUUCCUUUGUUUCGAAGUUACAAUUUACGAACAUAAUCUCCUUGGUAACCAAUCGUUUUAGAAGCGCACAUAUCUUUAUUGUAUAAAAUUUAAAAAUGGAACAAGCAAACUCAAACAAAAGAAAACUAUUGAGAAAUCAAUUCAAUUGUUUGACUUUCCAUUCGUGCAAUAAAAUCGUCAAUAUAUAGGCUAUAUUCGGUUCAGACUGGAAGAAUCUAAGUUCUUUUUAUUAUGUUCGUACUUUGUAAGAAAUAUCAUUAGAUUUUAUCAGCUUAAUUUAUAGACUAGCGAGUACCAGUUAACAUAUCCUUGUGAAUAUUAAUUGUAUUAUAUAGAUUUUACUGUAAAUAUAAUGUUAUUUGGGGCAAUGAAAAAUUAUUG